GUUUGCAAGGAAUUGAACAAGGUGGACUCAAAUUAGGGUAUUGGGAAAGUUAAGUUAAUUAAGAAAUCCCAAUUGAGCUCGAGGUUGAAGGUGAUCGAGAAAUUGAGAUCUAGAACAAAUUGAGAUCUAGAAGAAAUUGAGGUCGCGAAAUUGAGAUCGAGAAAUGGCGCAAUACACGCAACAGUUCCUGAACAGCGUGCUCUCGCAGCGGGGGCCGGCGGCGCUUCCCUAUGCCGAGGACAUGAAGUGGCACAUCCGGCAGCACCUGAUGCACCUUGUGGAGGCUUACCCCUCUCUGCAGCCCAAGACCGCCGUCUUCACCCACAACGACGGCCGCGCCGUCAACCUCCUCCAGGCCGACGGCACCGUCCCCAUGUCCUUCCAGGGCGUCACCUACAACAUCCCCGUCCUCAUCUGGCUCAUGGAGUCCUACCCCCGCCACGCCCCCCUCGUCUUCGUCAAUCCCACCCGCGACAUGAUCAUCAAGCGCCCCCACCCCUUCGUCUCCCCCAACGGCGUCGUUUCCAUCCCCUACCUCCACUCCUGGCUCUUCCCCUCCUCCAAUUUGCUCGAAUUGGCCCGCAAUCUCGCCCACUUCUUCGCCCGCGACCCUCCCCUUUAUUCCCAGCGCAAGCCUUCUACCCCUACCCCUACCCCUUCCCCUAAUUUAAAUCCCGCCUAUGCCUCCGUCAAUUCCUCCCCGGCGAUUCCUCCCAGGGAAUAUUCUCCUUCUCCAACACCUCCGCCGCCCUACGGGAGCGGCAGGAUGGAGGAUCCCGCCGAGGUGUAUAAGAAAAACGCGAUCAACAAGCUCAUCGCGGAUUUGAACGGCGAUAUUCGGGAGAUGAGGAAGGGGAGCGAGGGGCAGAUGGAGGGCGCGUUCGGCGCUCAGGCAGUGCUGCGGCGCCGCGAGGAGGAGCUCAGGAAAGGGGUUAAGGAGAUGCAGGAUGAGAAGGAGGCGUUGGAGCAGCAGCUGCAGAUGGUUUUGAUGAAUACGGAUGUUCUCGAGGGAUGGUUGAGGGAUAACCAAGGGAAAUUGGACGGGAAUAAGGCUGACCAUGUCGAUUGGGAUGAGGCCUUCGAGCCGUGUGAUGUAUUGUCGAAGCAGAUGUUGGACUGCACAGCCUCUGAUAUGGCGGUGGAGGAUACCAUAUAUGCGUUGGAUAAGGCCGUGCAGGAAGGGGCUAUUCCGUUUGAUCAGUACUUGAGGAGUGUGAGGCUUUUAUCUCGUGAGCAGUUCUUUCAUCGCGCCACAGCUACCAAGGUCAGAGCUGUCCAAAUGCAGGCUCAGGUUGCUAGUAUGGCUUCAAGGUCAUCGCCUCAAAAUGCUUUUUCAUGAGCUCAGUUCAGGGUUGCUUGUAGUCUUGUGUGUGCCUUUGUCGAGGCCCGAGGGUUCUGAUUUUGCGGCACAUGAUGAGAUUGAAUUGUUAUUGUUCAGAAGUUUUGGUGUUGUUGAAUAUGUUGUGAUGAUAUAUGCUUAUGAGUUGUUAGUCUUGAUCCUUAGUUCAGUUCUAAUGAGAUGAUAUACUUGUGUGUUUAAGGUGUAACACGAAUUUGCUUGUGUUGUUAAUGUACAAUCAUAAAGCGAUAUGUUGAAGCUCUUUUGUUCAUUUUGUUAUUUUUCUGCUAUGUGCUCUCCAUAAACAUGAAAAGCUACUAACAAGAAUGUCUAGGAUAUGUCUGUUGAGCCAAAAGGUGUUGCAAGUAUGUUUCUAUUUAGAAAGAUAGCCGUUUAAUUAUUCAUUUGUUUGUGCUAUGAAUGAAAUAAGAAUUAUGUGGAUUCAAUAGUCUUCUCCUGGGCAGGAAAUCCAAAGAAUUUUUUUUUACUAGCGGGCACAUUUGAAUCACAGCUUUAGGUGAGCUCAUACGCUUCUCAAAUUAUCUUAGUUCAUAGCAUAUUGCUAUAGAGUUUGUGAGCUUUAAACUAAGAUAUUGUUAGCUUACUUUAACAAAGUUAGUAGCGUCAGAUUAAUAGUUAUGAUCUCGACUUGGAUUCAUAGUGAUUUCAGAAUUGAUAUUGUUAAUCUCUCAUAUCAUACUCAUUCAAUUCUGUCUGCUUUGGAUGUUGUUGUUUGGAUUUGGCUGUCUGUUUUUUAAUGUGAAAAAUGUUCAUGGCUACAGUCCGUCACUUGUAAACUCGAUUUGUUAAUGAGGAAAAAUGUAAGUCUUGUUGAGAUCUAUGGAGGCAACUUUUUUUACCUACCUUAGUUGAAUCAGCCUUUGGUCUGAACUGCUUAUCUGCUUUCCUGCACACCCUAGCCGCUCAUGAUUUUUAAACCAUUGAUGUCUAUGGAAGUUUGUAUAAGUAACUAACUAAGAUGACUAAUUUGCAAUUCAAGUGUGAUAAACAUUCACUAGUUCUUUUGUACGUGGAUUUAUUGGAAGCGAUAAAGUGCAUAAUCUAAUUAUAAUGCACACUUCCCGAAACCACAUUCACUGCAGACCUUUGAUGAUGCCAAAAUGUCAGUCACCUUAGAUACAUACCAACUGACAUAACUCUUCAUGUUGUGAGGGGAUCUCUUUCUUUUAAUCCUCUGUCUCUGUUUUCUAGUUUUGUUAAUUUUGAUAUUUUGAAUUUUUACAGAGUGGGGGAGUGAGGGAGGAUGGUGGAGUUUAGUCUGUAGAGUUGUAAUGACUGAUUUCUCGCUUUUUGGAGAAGCCUUGUCAUAUCAGAGUGUUGACGAAUGCUUAUUUUCGAUCCUCCUUGUACCAAAUCAAUAACGUUGUUAACAUUCUUUCGGGAUGAAUUGCUCUCAUUAUUGAGAUUCAUACUUGUAUAGAAAGAAACAUAUUGAAGAUGUGAAUGGAGGUGAAAGAGGUGUAAAGGGGAUUUGGAUGAAAGGAUAUUUAUAGGUGUAAAUAUAGUAUUGAGAAUUAAAAAGUAAAGAAGGGUUAAAAUUUCACUGAGAAA